GGCCAGUAGGGCGGGGCUAGAGCUCGAGGGGCCUCCCCCGUCGAGGGCGAGUUGGUAAACAGAGCGAGCGCGUGCAGGGCGCCAGCGAGGUAGUGAGGGCGCAGAGGCCGCGAGGAGGUGACCACGGAUCCCAGCUUCCUGCGGCCUGUCCUGAAGCAUGGCUGCCAUGUUGGGGGAUGCCAUCAUGCUGGCCAAAGGCCUUGCCAAACUGACCCAGGCGGCCGUGGAAACCCACCUGCAGCACUUGGGCCUCGGUGGGGAGCUCAUCAUGGCAGCCAGGGCCCUGCAGUCCACAGCUGUGGAGCAGAUUGGCGAGGUCCUGGGGAUGGUGCAGGGUCAAGAUAAACAUGAAGCAUCUUAUGCCACUGAGAGCUUCGACGACCUAGAAGCCGAGGUCCACUUCUCAGGGGCUGGGGCCUCCACUGGCUUCUCUGCAGCCUCCGUCACUGACCAGUCUCCAUCUGUGCAUCACACUCACAGUGAGGGCCCGGCUCCCACCUAUGUUGCCAGUGGACCAUUUAGGGAAGCUGGGCUCCCAGGCCAGGCCGCUGCCCCACUGGGCAGCGUCAACAGGAGGCUCUUUGCAGACUCCAGAGACUUUUUCUCUGCCCUUGGCUUCCAGCGAAGGUUCUUCCAUCAGGACCAGUCCCCCAUGGGGGGUCUCACAGCCGAGGACAUUGAAAAGGCCCGGCAGGCCAAGGCCCGCCCCGAGAGCAAGCCACACAAGCAGAUGCUCAGUGAGCGGGCUCGGGAGAGGAAGGUGCCAGUUACGCGGAUUGGGCGGCUGGCCAACUUCGGAGGUCUGGCUGUGGGUCUGGGCUUUGGGGCCCUGGCUGAGGUUGCCAAGAAGAGUCUGCGCCCUGAGAACUCCACAGGGAAGAAAGCCAUGCUGGACUCCAGCCCCUUCCUGUCGGAGGCGAAUGCAGAGCGUAUUGUGCGCACGCUGUGCAAGGUGCGCGGGGCAGCGCUGAAGCUGGGCCAGAUGCUGAGCAUCCAGGAUGACGCAUUCAUCAACCCUCACCUGGCCAAGAUCUUCGAGCGCGUGCGGCAGAGCGCCGACUUCAUGCCGCUGAAGCAGAUGACGAAGACGCUCAACAACGACCUGGGCCCCAGCUGGAGGGACAAGCUGGAGUACUUUGAGGAGCGUCCCUUUGCGGCUGCCUCCAUCGGGCAGGUGCACUUGGCCCGCAUGAAGGGCGGCCGCGAGGUGGCCAUGAAGAUCCAGUACCCUGGUGUGGCGCAGAGCAUCAACAGUGAUGUCAACAACCUCAUGGCCGUGCUGAACAUGAGCAACAUGCUCCCAGAAGGCCUGUUCCCGGAGCACCUGAUCGAUGUGCUGAGGCGGGAGCUGGCCCUCGAGUGUGACUACGCGCGGGAGGCCGCCUGCGCCAGGAGGUUCCGGGACCUGCUGAGGGACCACCCCUUCUUCUACGUGCCCGAGAUUGUGGAUGAGCUCUGCAGCCCCCAUGUGCUCACCACGGAGCUAGUGUCCGGCUUCCCCCUGGACCAGGCUGAGGGGCUGAGCCAGGAGGUUCGGAACGAGAUCUGCUACAAUAUCCUGGUCCUUUGUCUGAGGGAGCUGUUCGAGUUCCACUUCAUGCAGACAGACCCCAACUGGUCCAACUUCUUCUACGACCCCCAGCAGCACAAGGUGGCUCUUCUGGACUUUGGGGCCACGAGGGAAUAUGACAGGUCCUUCACUGAUCUCUACAUUCAGAUCAUCAGGGCUGCUGCAGACCGGGACCGAGAGGCCGUGCGCCAGAAGUCCAUCGAGAUGAAGUUCCUCACCGGCUAUGAGGUCAAGGCCAUGGAAGACGCCCACUUGGAUGCCAUCCUCAUCCUGGGCGAGGCCUUCGCCUCUGAGGAGCCUUUUGAUUUUGGCACCCAGAGCACCACAGAGAAGAUCCACAACCUGAUCCCUAUCAUGCUGAAGCACCGCCUCAUCCCGCCACCAGAGGAGACCUACUCCCUGCACCGCAAGAUGGGCGGCUCCUUCCUCAUCUGCUCCAAGCUCAAGGCCCGCUUUCCCUGCAAGGCCAUGUUUGAGGAGGCCUAUGGCAACUACUGCCAGAUGCAGGCCCAGCGGCAGUAGCCACAGGCUGACCCCAGGUGGCCCGGGGAGGUGGCAGCGCUGAUCUCCUCCCAGACUGCUGGCCCACAAGGAUCCCUGCAGCGCUUUUCACGGUUUUCAUGCCAAGUGGGCAGAGGGAGAGGGCAAAUUUAUCCUCCACCUCCUUUUUCCUGAGGUGAACAUCAGCCAGAAAGGAAGGAGCGCCUCCUCCCGAUCCCUGCUGCCGAACAGCUUCUGGAUAGAUAACCUGUACGUGAGGCUGGGGUUGGAGAGUGAGGCUUCUGUUUGUGCCUUGAGCACAGUGCCAGCGAGUGCCGCCAGCCAUGCCGCCAGGCUCCCUGGCCACUGCCAUCCUGUUUUGGGCAGCUUGACCCGCCAGGGCCUGCUGCUUCACAGGGAGGGCAGGUGGGAGCAGGCGGGAGGCGGCGCUGACAGCCCCGUGCACAGAGGUGCACAGGUGCUGUGAGCUUUCCUGCAAGUCUUGUAAUUGUCAGAUUUACUUGUUUCAGUUCAAUUAAAAAAAGUGCCAUGGAAAGUGCCGUGGGGCUGUUCCCCUUCCUGUGCUUUAAGGGUUCCAAGGCUUUCGAGGCGCAGCAGUGGCCUCCCUUUCUAGGCAGUGGCCCUUUCCUCGUGUAGCCUGCCUGCCCACCCCAGGGUGCUCCUGGCAUGAGGCACUGAGGGCUGCCAAAGCCACAGUGCACGGCCACGCUGGCAGCCAUGGGGACAGGUCCCUGCAGCAGGGCUGGUGUUGGGCUGAGUCACAGCAAAACCCACUGGAGAGCUAGCGUGGCUGAGGGACACACCUGGCAAGUAGCUUUCUCGGGAAGGAUUGCUGGUUAACGGACAUCUGGCUGUUUGGCAGGAACCUUUCCACACCCAUGAGCACCGGGAAAGAGCAGGAGAGGUGACCUUGGGCCUCCAGAGUAGGCCACGCAUGGGUAUGAAGGGGAUGGACAAGUCCCAGCCAUGCUGGGCUCUGGGCAAAAUGGGGAAGUCGGCUGGUCCCAGGGAGGCCUCCUGUGAGUACCGGGUACCGGCUUGGCCCUUAGGGAUGUGGUCCUCACACGGAUUGGCUGCAGGCUGCUUUGGCCCCGCGUGGCCCCUGCUCAGACCUAGAAUAGCCACUGCAGAAUCCACAGGUUCCCUUGCCAGGGUCCUUACAGCCCCUUCCAACAAAUGAGGCUGCAAUAUGAAGAGGAUGGGGACAGAGACAACAGCAAGAACCACUGACCUAGACUGCGGGAGAAGCUUUUGUGCACCCAAGUGUGAGACCAGCUGUGACCUGUGCUUUCCAGUUAAGAAGAGUGGAAAGCACCUGCUUUGUGAAUAACAGAGCAGGAGCCAACUGUUGUGAACCUGGCCACACAUAUAGUGCUUUGUACCUAUUGUGACUCUUAUAGUAUUAAGAUAUCCCAUUCACACUGAAAGAAGGUGACUGUCCGGGACUUUGUCUUCAUAUCCCGAGCAUCUAGUGACCAGAUGCAGGUGUCACAACAUGGACACAGUAUCUCCCAGCUGGGCUCGGUGCCUGAGUGACAGCACAAGCAGACAUUGCUCUUGGGACUGGCACAGUUGUGCCUCCUGGCACUCGGCAGCAUGGAGAACACAGGCUCAGGUUCAGUGGUUGGCCAGAUAGCAGUGAGUGGUGGACCAGGAUGUGGGACAAGACAGGCUGGUCUUACUCCCUGCAGUCUACGCCAAGGCCUGGCAAGCUCCCGUCCAGGGCCAAACUGGGUCCACUGUGCUGAAGAAAGGUUUCAUUGGAGCACAACCACCACUCCUGAUCAUAGUCUAUUCUGCACCCUAGUGGCAGAGGUGAAGAGCUGCAACACCGAGCAUGUUUACUGAUGGGCCCUGCAUGGAGUUUGCCAAGCCUUCCUCACCACCACACCGCUGUGGCCUGAGCACAGCAGUACCUGUCGUCGGUCACAGGGCAGGGGAGACAGGAGGUUUUUUGGAGUAACCACUGGCAGCCAGUUUGGGACUUCUCCUAGGAUGGCUCUCAGCCUUGCCUGUAUAUCCCUGCUGUCUGAUUCCAACUCGCCCAAAGGAGGACUCAGCCCACCCCAAGUGGCUGCUUACGCUGCCUGCCCAUUCCCAUGGUUUGGCGCCUCCUGAAUCUUGUGGAGGCGGAGUGAGGCCUUGCAGACUGAUGCGUAGCAAUCAGAAGUUCAGACCAGACGGGAACCAAAAGCUUCAAGGGAGUUUAACAUCAUUGUCAGGGGAGCUAUGAGGGCAACUUAGCCCCAGAUCAAACCACAGAGGGCAACUAAGCCUGCAGCCUCAGGAGCGUGAGGGAGGCCUGGCUGGCGAUGUGCCAAGUGAGACAGAGCUGGGCACCUUCCUCCACUCAGGCUCCUUACAUGGGGAAGGAAAGAGACAAAAUACUCAGUUCCAACAGCUCCCUGUUUUAUUGCAGUACAUCAAAGUCUGGUUAAUAUUAAGUGAUAGCAACAUAAAAUAAUUGGUGAGGAGUCUUGUUAACAUUUUUGACUAUCCCACCUUAAAUAUUUCUGUGCAAAAGAAUCCACAUCAUUGUUUGGUAGCAGAGAAUCUCUUAACAAAGUUCCCUAAGACAUGGAGGGCAUAAAACCAAAUAAAAUAAGUGAUAAGAGGCCAAAGCAUAUCUUUUCCCCUUCCAUACACACAUACUGGUCAGCAUUAUAUUCUAAACAAAAAUGAUUACACCCAGGCCAUGCAAAACUGUACAAUAAUAUUACAAUGAGAAAAAAACCCUAAAAAAUUUAUAAAAUAAAUGAUAUACUAUCAAAUAAAAAGGCAGGUCAUUUUGUUUUCAUGAGACAUCAAGGUUGAUUGGUGGUGGUCAGUG